AUGGGAACUUACGUCCUUCUUCAGCUCUUCUUCGCUAGACCGCCAUCACAGCCACUUCUAAACCCUCACAAAUUCUCCAAUACUACUAGGCCCGUCGCUUCCAGUGGCCCGAAGAACUUCUGGUCUACUUCGUCAACCGGCCCCGUCAGAAUUAAUCUCGAAGAUGAGCUCUACACCGACGGCGAUGAUGGUUUCGAUGAGUUCCGGUUCAGUGAUGGUUCGAAACAGAGGAUCUGGUGGUCUAAUGAAGACGAAAAUAGUUGGAUCGACUAUGAGGAGGAGAAUGAGCUCUGGAUUUUCAAGGUAUUUAGAGCUUUUGGAUGGAUGAUUCCAGCCAUUGGUAUAUCAUUGCUACUAGGAACUGGCUCUAAUGCUUUCUUCAUGGCAUUAGCUGUUCCACUAGGUCAGACAGCACUCUCUCUUGUGAUUGAUAAGGUCUGGGGAACUACAAGCAGCAAGCCUAAACCUAGAACUAGAACCAGGAGGACUAAGAAGAAACCAUUUGUUAGGCCUGCCAGAAGGGAGAAAACAAAUAAGAGGGAAGAAGAAAAUAAGACUCCAGAGGAAAAAGGGAGCUAUGAAUCUUGGACGGCAGCAGAUACUGGUUCGCUUAAAAACAGUGGCAAGAGAGUACAUAAGUUUGGUGGAUGGGAUGAGCUAGAUGAUGCUUAUAAGGUCCCCAGAGGGACACCAAGACAGAAGGCAGAUGAGCUCCCAAAGCAACAAAACAAAAGCAAAUUGAGCCGGACAAGAAGAGUCAGGGACACACCAUUGCUGCUUAGGCUACUGAUUGCUGUUUUCCCAUUCUUGGGCUGGGUUAAGUUACUAUUUUGA